GAGCCAGCCGGAGAGAGGCUGGGGGCGCAAGUCUGAGCCGCAGAGACUCGGAGAAGCAGAGAAAGAAAGGAUCUGGCGGAGACCGAGGGGUCGAGGAGGGACCCCAGAGGCAUCGAGGCUGCGGAACCAGCCUGGUAGCCCCCAGGUCUCGCAGCCCCCUGAGUGAAGCCAAGGGCCGAGCGUUCCGGCGGCCUCCUCAGAGCCUCCCCUACCCCGGGCCGGGGCUGCUGGCGGUCCCGGAGGCGGGCACCUACGCUAUGCCCCCGAAGCCGCGGGCGCCUUGGCCGCAGCUACCCCGGGCUGGGCCCGGAGCCACCGCUUGAGCCAACCAGUGAAAGAAGCUAGCCGGAGUUGGGCAUCCGAUUCUAGCCGGGCUGCGCUAGCACCGUUUCCCGCCUCUCCGCGCAGCUCCCGGUAGUCUCCAGGAGCGAGGCUCUGAGAGAGACCCCGAAGCUACAGCAGUGUUUUCUGAGCCCGGCUCGCACAGUGCCUGGCCUGGUGGCGCGGCUCCCUGUCCGCCCUGGGCAGCCCCUUGGCGCCGGGAGGCGGCGGCGUGGGCCGGCCUGCAGUCUGGAGCGCCCCGAUGGAAAUACACUGUAAGCACGACCCGUUUGCAUCCAUGCAUAGACAUGGAGGAGUGAAUCAGCUUGGGGGGGUUUUUGUGAAUGGACGGCCACUCCCGGACGUAGUCCGCCAGAGGAUAGUGGAACUUGCUCAUCAAGGUGUCAGGCCCUGCGACAUCUCCAGGCAGCUUCGGGUCAGCCAUGGUUGUGUCAGCAAAAUUCUUGGCAGGUAUUAUGAGACGGGAAGCAUCAAGCCUGGAGUAAUUGGAGGAUCCAAACCAAAGGUCGCCACACCCAAAGUGGUAGAAAAAAUCGCUGAGUAUAAACGCCAAAAUCCCACGAUGUUUGCCUGGGAGAUCAGGGACCGGCUGCUGGCAGAGCGGGUGUGUGACAAUGACACCGUGCCUAGUGUCAGUUCCAUCAACAGGAUCAUCCGGACAAAAGUACAGCAGCCACCCAACCAACCAGUCCCAGCUUCCAGUCACAGCAUAGUAUCCACGGGCUCCGUGACGCAGGUGUCCUCGGUGAGCACGGACUCGGCCGGCUCGUCGUACUCCAUUAGCGGCAUCCUGGGCAUCACGUCCCCCAGCGCCGACACCAACAAACGCAAGAGAGACGAAGGUAUUCAGGAGUCUCCAGUGCCAAACGGCCACUCACUUCCAGGCAGAGAUUUCCUCCGGAAGCAGAUGCGGGGAGACUUGUUCACACAGCAGCAGCUGGAGGUGCUGGACCGCGUGUUUGAGAGGCAGCACUACUCGGACAUCUUCACCACCACGGAGCCCAUCAAGCCCGAGCAGACCACAGAGUAUUCAGCCAUGGCCUCGCUGGCUGGUGGGCUGGAUGACAUGAAGGCCAACCUGGCCAGCCCCACCCCUGCGGACAUCGGGAGCAGCGUGCCAGGCCCACAGUCCUACCCCAUUGUGACAGGCCGUGACUUGGCGAGCACGACCCUCCCCGGGUACCCUCCACACGUCCCCCCCGCUGGACAGGGCAGCUACUCAGCGCCGACGCUGACAGGGAUGGUGCCUGGGAGUGAGUUUUCCGGGAGUCCCUACAGCCACCCUCAGUAUUCCUCGUACAACGACUCCUGGAGGUUCCCCAACCCGGGGCUGCUUGGCUCCCCCUACUAUUACAGUGCUGCCGCCCGAGGAGCUGCCCCACCUGCAGCUGCCACUGCCUAUGACCGUCACUGACCCUUGGAGCCAGGCGGGCACCAAACACUGAUGGCACAUAUCAUUGAGGGUGACAGCUGCCCAGCCCUCCUGACGAUAGCCAGAGGAACCCAUGAGACUGUCCCUCAGCACCCCCACUUGCCUGAAGCACCCCUCUUCCCCUCUUCCUCCAGGGACUCUGGGGCCCUAAGGUGGGACCGUUGGAAUCUGGAUGCUUGUCCAUUUCUAAAAGCCAGUCUAUGAGAUUCUCCCUGUGGCCAUUGGGUCUCUGCAAACCAACAGACUGUUGUGCAAAUGACCGCAGCCCCAGCCCAGCCUGCCAGUCCCCCGGCUGUCUGACUAUCCAUCCAUCAUAACCACCCCAGGCCUGGGAAGGAGAGCUUGCUUUUGUUGCUUCAGCAGCACCCAUGUAAAUACCUUCUUGCUUUUCUGUGGGCCUGAAGGUCCGACUGAGAAGACUGCUCCACCCAUGAUGCUUUCUGCACUCUUGGUGUGUCACCGGACAGCUUAGACCUGUGGCAGAGCAUCCUCUCUGCCUUGGGCGACCCUGGCAGGUGAGCUCGGAGCUGUCCUUGAGAAGGAGGAUGCCCCCCUUGGGCCCCAGCCUCCUGCUCAUCCCUCCUUCUUUAAUAUUGUCAUGAGGAGUCUCACUGGCUGGUUGUGCUGCAGGCUCCCCCGGAGGCCCCUCUCCAAGAGGAGCACACUUUGGGGAGAUGUCCUGGCUUCCUGCCUCCAUUUCUCUGGGCCAAUGCAGUACAAGCAGCUCUUUUCUAGAUCAAAGAACUCAAAGAAAACUGUCUGGGAGAUUCCUCAGCUACUGUUCUGAAGCAGAAUGUCAUCUGAGGUGUUGCUUGCAUUGUGGACUUUGAAUGUGAGAGCUGGAUGGGAUUUGGGAGAUCAUCUGAUCCCAGCCAAGGAGGGGCCUGAGGAUCUCCCCAUUCCCUCAGCCCUGGAACUGUGCUUUCUGAGGCAUGCCCAGGUUCAGGUCACUUUGGACACCUGCCAUGGACACUUCACCCACCCUCCAGGACCCCAGCAAGUGGAUUCUGGGCAAGCCUGUUCCGGUGAUACAGACAACGAUUAACACAGAGGACUUUCCCCUGCACCCAGAUUACAAACAGCCUACACCCAGGACUUGUGAAUGUCCUUUCAGAGCAGACCCUCCCGUCUUCGCAGAGCUUAGCGGGCAGCUGAGCAUGGAGGCUGAGGCAGCUGCCUAAUUUCGCACAAUGCAUGCCCACCUGUUGAUCUAAGGGGCUGCAAGGGUCAGAGCCAUGGCCAAGAGCCAUGGGAACUCAGAGAGGGGGCUUGGAGAACUCACGGUGGGCUAGGGUGGUCAGAGGAAGCCAGCUGGGAAGAUGCGGGGGACAGAGGAAGGCCUCCUGGAGGAGGGGCAGGAGAGCAUGAGGACUUGCUGUGUGACCUGGGAGUGAUUUUGAAAUGGAGGUGCCAGGUGCCACCAUCUCUUUACCUAGGGCCUCAGUUCCUUGCAUAGUCUCUCUUGUCAACUCAGAACAGCCAGGUAGAGCCCUUGUCCAAACCUGGGCUGAAUUACAGUGAUGAGACAGGGCUUAAUCUUCUUAUGCAGCAGUGUCCCCCAUGUCUGCAUGUCACCAAGAUGGCAGAGAGCCAGGACAGAGAGAGGCUGGACUUGGGAUCAGCAGCCCAGGCAGGUCUUGUCAUGGCCACAGGUCUUUGCUGUGGGACCUCAGACAAAAUCCUGCACCUCUCUGAGCCUUGGCUGCCUUGGUGCAGCAGGGUCACCUGUAGGGUCACCCCACAGCUCUCUCCUUCCCCUCCUCUCUCCAGGGAGCUGGGGCUGUGACAGGAUUAUCUGGGCCAAGCUCUCCACUUUUAAGCAAGCAAGCAAAGGGAGGUAGGAACCUGAGUCCCGCUAAUAUUUGGACCAAGUGGGAAACAAGAACACCUGGAGGGGCGGGAAUCAGAAGAUCCUGGAAAAAGACCUUCCCUUGUGGGAAACUGAGGCCCAGCUUGGGGAAGGCCAGGACCAUGCAGGGAGGCAGAGCAGACUUUCUCUGGCCACCGCUAAGUAGUUUGUUCCCCAAACCCCUCCGCAGGGUGGUGGAACAGAAGAGAAAACUAAGGCUCAGCAGGUGGAGUCCCCAAGCAGUGACUGGUGGGGGCGGGGCUGGGGCUCAGGCUCCUGACUCCCAAUCCAUGGUGUUCUCAGUCACCCUGGUCUAUCUACACCUCCUAUUCCAGGGGAGAGUUGACAGUAAGAGCAGUGAGAGAGGGUUCUGGGCCCCAUGCCCUAGACAGUCUGUAAGAACUGCCAAGGAAGCCCAAUCUCCCAGCCCAGAGAUGGAGCCCAGCGGGCUCACAGCAGGCACAGCCACCACUACCACCCCCAGAAGGGCAAAGAAGGGAGUUAGCUGGGGCCAGAGCUCACCUCCAGGAGCCAGGGUGAGCUGGCUGCAGCCUCCACCUGUCAGGUAAGGUAGGAGAAGGUAUGUUACUUGGCACCUCCCUCCCUGUCUCCCUCCAUUUAGCAGGAGGUGGUGGAGUCAGAGGUCUUCAGCACAGGGAUCUUGGGCCUCUGCCCCCUGCCACCCCUCUCUUGGAAUGAUGUGCACCCACAUCUUCAGAUCCUCCCCUCCUUAUGGUUCCAGGCUGUUGGGAGGAGGUCAGCCUCCCCUGAACCAGCUGCCCAAGGCACACAGCAUCCUUCUUCGGCAAAGCCCACCUAGCCUACGGUGGUCCCCUCUCCCCAUCCUGUUCCUCUUGUUGCCCUGUAAUGAGCUCCCCCAUACCUUUCCUCUCUCACCUGAGGCUUUGCUGGUCCUCAGAUUGGUUUUGUAUUUGUGAGACAACCACUUGAUUCCUGGGCUGCCAGGCAGAAGCACAAGCGCACACGGAUGCACAUGGAUGUUCUCACACACGCACGCCUGCUCUCACCAGUUCACAGCUCCCUCGAGGUCCGGCAAGCUGCCCAGGAGCUUGGUGAAGACAGUUCCAAAGGACAUAAGCCGUUGAGUAGAUGCCAGAGAAUUCUGAAUGGAAAACACAAGUUCAGGGCCUCACCAGCAGCAUGGCAGAAGGCCUGGGGCAUUUCUCCAUGGGCCUUCUGCUCUGUGUUCUAGCUCUGACUUUUGGAAAAUGACAUCAUGGAUUUUAUGAAAAUUUUUCAUACCAUUAUACUAGCUUCAACCUAGAACAGUUUGAUGAUAUAUCAAACCCAACAUUCCUUUCCCAAGGCACCUUAGUUAGGGCUAGCCCUUACGUAACUAACAUUGUACGGUACUUUGCAAUCCUCAACCACCCUGUGGGGCAGAGAGCGUGAUGCCUACUUUAUAGACAGGGAAACUGACAUUUGGGGCUCACAUGGCAAGAUGGAGGUGAAGUGAUUUCUCAGAUCUCCAGGCCCCAUUCUUUCUCCAUGGAGUUGUGCUCCUGUCAUGGGAGUGUAUGGUUUAAAGACACACCCCCAUUCCCUAGAAACACCCCUGACCCAUAAUAAGGCCAGAAAGAACAGGGACCCAGAGGCUGGCCUGAUCUAGGGGCCUGGAGGUUGGUGGCUUUGUUUCCUAUGAACAUUGAAACCUGCAGAGUCUUUGACCAAAUCUACACCAGCGCUUCUGAGGUUUCAUCCAGACUCUUUCCCAGCUGUCCCUGAGGCUUGGUGGAGAUCAGAGCCAGUUCAAGGCCACACUAUAAUUUCUGGACAUGGGUCCAGCUUAGACAUGGGUCCAGCCCUGAAUCCAGGCAUCCAGGUGCGAGGGUCAUGUUCUGUCUCCUCACUUCCCUUUCUUUGCCUUCCCAUUUUGGAACAGGCUACAGGCCUGGCUGUGAUAGUAUGCAGGAGUGCCCAAGCCAGGGCCAUUGGGUGUCCACAGCCCCUGGAAACACAGAUCACAAUCCCAAGUCCCCUUAAUGAACUGCUUCCUGGGUGAAUGUGGUGGGGUAACCUUGCCACUCAGGCAGGGUACCCAGCAGUAUGGUGCAACAGUGCCCGAGAUGCCCAGAAGUGUGCCUGCUUCCCUGAGUGGCAUUCAAAUUGGAAAACUUGUAAAAUGUUCUCAAGGCCUAAAGAAAAAUGUCCAUGGGUCAAAUUUGACCCACUGGCCACCAGCCUGUGAGCUCCAGUGCCUAUCAGUUCCCCUUUCUUAUUCACCUCCUGUCCUAUGUUGCAGAUCUGGAGGACAUGGGAGCCCACAGAGGUGAGAGAUGUGCUUCAGGGUGUCCAGCAAGGCAGAGGCAGAAACAGGCACACCCCGAGCCUGCCAAUCCCCCAGCUCUCAUCUGGGGCUCUUGCAAACCUUGUGCUUCGAAGGUGGAGUUAGGUGCAAGGUCAGAGGCACUUGGGAUGGGAGAUGGGGGAUCUGCUGGGUUUUCGGGGGGGGACAGUGCUGCCUGGACACCUUUCACAUGUGCAGGGAAGAACCUCAGAAGUGACCACAGUGCACUGAGGGGUGAAAUCCCUUCACCAGAAGUCACACCCCAGAACGACUGCCCUGCCUUGGCAGCCGAUGGCUCCUGCCACCCGCUCCUCAAGAUAUUCAGUCAGAAUUGAGCUCCAAGCCAGGGAAGCAAAUCUUAAAAACAAACCAGGCCACGCUGACACAGACCUAGAAACACGAUGAGUCUGAGAUACAGCUUCCUGGGAGGGCGGAGAGAGCAACUCCAGCCCCUGGCCAGGCCAGCCCAGGCAGGCGUGGGUGGAUCCCACAGGGCUCUGGGCUAGACCAGCUCCACAGUGCCCCGCUAUGAUGCCAGUCCUGAAGGCUUGGCCUUGUCACCCAUCGAGAGGCUGUGCUGAUGGUUCCCAGCCACACACCAGUCCUCCUGGGGAAUCUGUUUCCUUCAUUCUUUUGGCCUCAGAGAGGUCCGAGGCAAGUCCAUUUCUUAAAAGGUAAUAAAAUGCAUUAUCGGAAAUUUGGACAGUCAGGCCAUGACUCCUAGCCCACAGGGUGCCCCUUCUCCCAGCAGCCCCUUCAGCCCCUUGCUCCCUGUUGUCCCCUGUUGCCCCAACCUCAGGGUUCCCUCUUGCAUAUUCAUGAGGGAACCACAGUGCUGAUGUGCACUUCCCCACUGUCAGCUGGGCUGCACCUCAUGUGGCGCCAGGUCCCCGAGGGGCCUCUGCAGAGGCCAGGCCGUGAGCCCCUUGCCUGCCUGCUCCCCUGAUGAGGCAGCAGCUUCUCUGAAAUGAGCUGCUGGACAGGAGCAGGCAGGCACCAAUCUGUCCUUCCUUUUCUGCUAAUUCCUCAGCACUGCGGCACCAUUCUUGGGCACCCCAGGAUUUAAGGGGACCUCAGAAUCAUGUCCCUGCCAUUCUAGAGUUUCAAUCUAAGGGAUCCCCUUUAGCUCAUCUCCAAGACGGGUAAACAUAGCCACCAUUCAGCAAGCCCAGAAAUUCUUCUUCCCACAUCUUAGACCCCUGAGCAACCCAAGGAGAAAAUGCAGUUGCUUACCUGUUAAUAUCUACUGAGGGACAAUCAGGAAAGCCUCAAAGGAGUCGUCUCAGGUAGGGUACUUGGCCUGUGGCAGGACAGACAGAGGCAGGAACCCACCCGCCUGUCAGCUUCAGGUGGCUAAAGGGGGCCCAGGGUGGGGGUGACUUGACAGUCAUGUACCCCCUCCCUGACUCCUGGCAGGAGGAGGCCAUGCCAGCCUCACCUGCUCUGACCCACCCCCGAGUCCCCUGCUGUGACCCUGUGGCUAUGGCCGCUGGUCACCCUUGUCCCCAAAAUCACCAUGCCUGUGGCCAUGUCCCUCAUCUUUCUCCAAAAGCAUCAUUAAGAACAAGUGAUUUUGGAUGUUGGAUUUUUUAUUUACAAACGGUGCAUUUCCCUUGGAGUGGAACAGAAAGGAAACCAUUUAAUGGCGCCCUUCUUUUCAAGCAUGAAUACAUUUUAAUGAAACUAUUUUAUUGUAUUUGAGGAAAUAGAGAGUUGAACAUUCCAACCAAUCAAUAGCCAAUUAAUUGCUAUAAAGCUAAAAAGAAAAUAAAUAAAUCCUGAGUCUAUUUUAAACACUCUGCAAAAAGUUCAGAGCCUCAGAAUCUGGCUUCCCCUCCUAAUAUGCAUGAGCACAUACACACACACACACACACACACACACACACACACUCACUCCCCUACACCUCAGACAUACUCGAAACUCAGAAACAGCACUGAGUCUCCCCAUGCCGAUUCUUGCCUGCUCUUGUUGACUUUGGUCAGAGAAGGUGAGCAGACCCGGCAGCAGCCUGUCCCAGGGCUUGGGAAGAGGCAGGCCCAUCCCCUGGCCCCAAGCCCCCAGCACAGCAUAGGGUCUCCGGCAGUGAGGGCCUGGCAUUGCCUGGGCCUCGCUUCUCAGCCCCAGCUCUUGGGCCUCCAGGGUUGGGCUGAGGAUGGAGUUUUGGCUCUGGGUUUGCCCUGACUCCUGCUGGAAGAUGCUGCCCUGGUUUUUCACCCUCUAGUGGCCUUGAGUAUUUUUAGAAAUGCAGAUUACAUUGCAAAUGGAACCCCUUGCCAGGAGGACACAUGGAUUUUGCUUUUGAUUCUUUGAGACAUUUGACUUUGUCUUAGGGACCGACCUUUCAGCAUCAAAGAAAUACAUAUCUACUGUAUCCGCCAAAGUUUGUGAUGCCUGCAUAGACGCUUACUUGUAAAAAAAAAAAAAAAAAAGUACAAAAAAACCAACAACAAAAACCACAAUUGAAUUGCCUUUGAAAGUGGGAGAUGAUCUGUCUCCAACAGAUUGAAAAAAAAAUGCUUCUUAAAAAAUGUGUAUGUUUUGUAUUCUUUUUUUCUAGUAGAAAAUAACUGACUUGAAAUAUUGGUGGUUUUUUUUUCUUAGUGACGUGUGUUGCUUUUGUGUGUAAUAAUAUUUGAAUGUAAUUACAGCAGUGCCAAUUUGCCAAAGAUGUUGGACAUAUUUUUCUUUUUUGGGGAAGGAGGGCAGGGCUAGGGGUGGGAUUUGGGAGAACACAGGGGUGGGGUUUUGGUUUAAUUUUUUUCACUUUUUUUUCCUUGUCAAACCUGAAAUUUGUGGCUUCCUUUUAAGUUAAAUGGUUGCAACACUUUUAUUUUAGAUUAGUUGAAGAAACAUGCAAUAAGGUUGGCGUAGUUUCAAUAUCUGUGUGUCUUUUCAUGAGUGGCUGUUACUUGUGAAGAAUUGAUUUUAUGUAACCUUUAUGUGAGAUAAUUAUUUGUAAAUAUUUGCCAUAAUUUUAUUGGUUCCUAAAAUAAAAGUAAUUUUUUAAGUUCA